AUGUCGUUCGAUUCGAUCUCGUCUGGCGCGCUGGGGUGUUUCCCCCGGCGUGCUCAUACCAUUACAGCUCCCGAUGAAGCACAUAAUUAUAUGGUCGUAGUGUACAUGCACUGUUUCAAUCCUGAAGAUCAGAAUGAUCGCGUCUGUAUCGACUUGCACAAACGCUCCACCACCGAGGAACUCAUCGAACGUGUGAUCUCUCUACGUUCAGAUUUGGCUGGACAAUCUGCCGAAGAUUUUGACAUUUUUGAGAUGAUGGUGACUCCCGAUGGACAGGCUUCAAAAGAACGGAGAUUGGACCGUGGUGAAUAUCCUGUAGCUGCACAGCUGAUCUGGAGCCGAAUGCCCGGUGGAGAGCAGACAGUUAACAACUAUCGUUUUGUGUUCAGGCAUAAAGGAGCCCGUACAGGUUCGUCGUGUACUCGAUUUGGUUCGGCUGAAGCUGCUAGUACAAUAGAUUCAUUUCUGGCAAGAUUUCUUCAGCAACCUCACGAUCGAGAAUAUGCCGACCUGUGUAUGCUUCCCGAGCUGACUGAACAGACAUUGCUUGACAAUCUCAGGGAUCGCUUUAACAGCGGCCACAUAUACACGUACAUUGGCCCAAUUCUUGUCGCUGUCAAUCCGUUCAGGUUCUUUCCCAUUUACAACCCCAAGUAUGCUCGAUUGUACUCACAAAGUCGGAAGCUCGGUUCACUUCCACCUCACAUAUUCGCCAUCGCCGAUGUCACUUAUCACAACAUGCUUCGAAUCAAAGAAAGCCAAUGUGUAGUGAUUAGCGGCGAGAGCGGUUCGGGUAAAACCGAGUCCACGAACCAUCUGAUCUCUCAUCUGACGUCGCUCUCCCAGAAAGGUAGCAACGCGUGCACUUCCGAGACAACCCUGCUGAACGCCGGUCCUGUUCUCGAGGCAUUCGGUAAUGCCGUCACACUGCAGAACAAUAACAGUAGUCGCUUUGGUAAAUUCAUUAAAAUCAACUACAGGGAGAACGGAAUGGUAUCUGGGAACUAUCACGUCUUCUACUACCUCCUUGAGGGCGCCAAUGAAGAAGAUCGCGCCAAAUACUUCCUGUUGAAGCCUCAGGACUACCAUUACCUCAACCAGCACGAGCAAUUCUCACCUGAAGGCGUGAAUGAGAAGUAUGAAUUCGAGCGAUUGCGACGGGCGAUGAGCAGUGUCGGAUUCAACUCCUGCACUCAGGCGACCCUUUUCAGCCUCAUUUCAGCUGUUUUGCUUCUUGGCAACAUCUCCUACGUUAAGAGGCACGCAUACCAUAGCGACGAGAAUGCCUACAUUGAGAACGAGGAGGUUGUGGAUUUGGUCGCUCAACUGCUCAACAUCAAGACCGAAGCUCUAACCCAGGCGCUCACGAUGAAGCGGCACGUGAUGAAGACAGAGACUGUAGUGACGCGUUACAGCGUUUCUGAGGCAAUUAACACACGAGAUGCUAUGGCAAAGUGCUUGUACAACGCCCUAUUCCACUGGAUUGUCCUUCGCGUUAAUCAGGCUCUUAUGAGAAAGGAUGUCUCUGGAAGCGUUGGAUACUACAUAGGAAUCUUGGACAUAUUUGGAUUCGAAGAUGUGGGCGCCCAGUGGAAUUCAUUCGAACAGCUUUGUAUUAACUAUGCCAAUGAACAUCUUCAGGCAUACUUCAACCAGCACAUCUUUCAAUUUGAACAGGAAGAAUACCAAUCUCAAGGCAUAUGCUGGACCAACAUUGAGUACACUGACAACACUGAAUGUGUUCAGCUAUUCCAGAGUAAACCAUACGGUUUGUUGCGAUUAAUCGAUGAGGAGAGUAACAUAAACAACGGUACUGACGAGUCGAUGCUUGCCAAACUCAAUCAGUUCCUCAAGACAAACGAGUACUACGAGACGCCACAGCGCAAAGAGCCAGCCUUCAUCAUUGCUCAUUAUGCAGGAAAAGUCAAGUAUCANAUAAACAACGGUACUGACGAGUCGAUGCUUGCCAAACUCAAUCAGUUCCUCAAGACAAACGAGUACUACGAGACGCCACAGCGCAAAGAGCCAGCCUUCAUCAUUGCUCAUUAUGCAGGAAAAGUCAAGUAUCAAAUCACGGGUUUUCGCGAAAAGAACAAAGAUCUCAUGCGGCAAGACGUCCUGAACACCUUAAAGACGAGCAAAUGCGCGUUGAUGAAGGCAGCAUUGGCCAGUGACCCAGUGGCGGCUUACAGGUGGAGCUUCGCUCGGACUGUGUUUCGAGCCAUGAACGCGUUCAAGCAAUCUGGAAAGAAACUCGCCAGAAGCGAAUCCGCUGGUCACCUUCGAGUCAUCAAGGAGGUUCCGGAGUCUCGUCGUGGAUCGGAUACAGCGCUCUCUCAAUUCCUCCGUGGCGACUUGCACAUCGAUCUGCCUGAUUUCUGUGACACCAGUAUGUUCCAAACGAUUGUGAAUCAGGCUAGACGUACACCGGCAAAAGGGGAAGAGCGUAUCAGCACAGUCAGAAGUCUACAGAUACUCAAAGAGACGAUUGGCAAACGGAAGAUUUCGAACAAGCCCACCUCCGUCUCAAAGCAGUUCGAGUUUUCGUUGAAUCGUCUCAUGAAUACCCUGGCCCACGCUUCACCCUACUUUAUACGAUGCAUAAAGAGUAACAACGAUAAGGUGAGCUACUUUCCCGUUCAUCCGACGAUUCCAAGGGUCUUUACAAACCUUCACGUAGGCUAA